AUGCUUGUGCUACGCCCGCAUUUUGUGCUAGGGAAGCUAUGCCGAUCUGUCUCCUUCUUCAUACAUAAAUGCUCUCAUCUCUCUCAGCAAUCAACUUUGCGUUGUACUAAGCUGUUAUGGGCUUAUGCAUUUGAGCUACCAACAAACUGGUGUAUGAGGGAAGAUUAG